AUGCCUUCCCAAAACGAGCCUGCUGACCCCAUUCCCGACGGGAUUCUUGCUACGGCAAAACAAUCCUGGGGCGACCUCUUCCGAUGGAAGCAGCGCGUCAUCAUCGAGAACGAGCAGGGCGAGAGCUACGCCGAGUGGCAAGACCCCGAGCCGUUCAAGAACCCAAUCAGCCUGUUUAUGCUGCUGAGCGCUCGUGACUGGCUGUUCUUCCUCGUUGGCCUUGCCGCUUGGACUGCCGAUGCGUUUGACUUUCACGCGCUGUCCAUCCAGCAAGUCAAGCUUGCCGACUACUAUGGCAAAUCCAAGACCGACAUUUCCACGGCUAUUACUCUCACUCUGCUUCUGCGAAGUGUAGGCGCUGCGUUCUUCGGUCUUGCGGGUGACAGAUGGGGCCGUAAGUGGCCUAUGGUAAUCAACAUGAUCGUUCUUGGUGUCUUGCAGAUUGCGACCAUCUACAGCAGUACCUUCCAGCAGUUUCUUGCCGUAAGAAGUUUAUUCGGCCUGUUCAUGGGUGGUGUGUAUGGAAAUGCCAUCGCCAUGGCUGUCAGCGCCCGCGGUCUCAUGUCCGGAAUCCUCCAGCAGGGCUACUCGCUCGGCUACGUAUUCGCCGCAUGCGCCAACCUCGGAGUCGGAGGUGAAACCGAGACCUUCAAAACCGUCUUCUGGAUCGCAGCCGGAAUCUCCAUCGGCAUCGGUUUCAUCCGCGUCCUCUUCCCCGAAUCCAAACAAUUCCUCGAAGCAAAAGCAGCCGGCAAGCGCUCCGUCAGCGCGGGCGAAUUCUGGCGCGAGACCAAAGUGAUGAUCGGCCAGGAGUGGAAGAUCUCCGUCUACUGCAUCAUCCUCAUGACCUGGGUGCGCGAUCCCCCUUAUCCACCAAGCCCCCAUUCUAACAACGUACCCCAGUUCAACUACUACUCCCACACCUCCCAAGACUCCUACACAACCUUCAUGCUCACGCAGAAAGAGCUCGAGAACUCGGGUGCGUCGCGCGCCUCAAUCAUCAUGAAGACAGGCGCGUGCGUCGGCGGCACGAUAAUCGGGUACCUCUCGCAGUUCGUGGGCCGGCGGCGCGCCAUCAUCGUCGCGGCCUUCAUCUCCGGCUUGCUGAUUCCGGCCUGGAUCCUGCCCAAGACCGAGGGCUCGCUCAGCGCCACGGGCUUCUUCAUCCAGUUCUUUAUCCAGGGUGCUUGGGGCGUUAUUCCCAUUCAUUUGAACGAGCUGUCCCCUCCUGCUUUCCGAUCCCUCUUCCCUGGUCUAACCUACCAACUCGGCAACAUGAUCUCGUCCCCCUCCGCGCAGAUCAUCAACGCCAUCGCCGAAAAGACGUUCAUCCGUGGGCCCUCUGGGACGCCUGUUGAAGCGUACGGGCCGACGAUGGGCGUUGCCACCGCGAUCAUUGCGACGGGGAUAAUGGUGACGACGGCGUUUGGGCCGGAGAAGCGUGGAAGGCGCUUUGAGACGGUUGUGGUGGGCAUGCAGGAGCAGAAUCGCACGGCCAAGGUGGUUGAUCUUGAGGAGGGGGAGGGGGAUGUUAAGCCGGGGCAGGAGAAUGUUGAGCUGGAGAGGGUGGAUAAGGCUUAG